CUCCUCCUCCAAUUGAUGGAUUGUCACAUGUAUCUGCGCGGUGUUAGCAGUUUCUGGAGUUAACAUGUUUUGGUGAUUGAGAAAGAUUCCAGAGUGUAGUGCGCGACAGAUGCCUUUCCGAAAAUUCACAUGGAAGAAAUAAAGAGAUGAUGGCAUCAACAGUUGCUUAGCGCCUACUUGCCUGAGCUGCCACGGGUAUGGAGUCAGAUCGUACCAACCCUUAUCGGAGUUUCUGGUUUCGGACACCGAGUACUCUCCGAAACAUUUCGAGGAAAUAUAAAUUGUGUUAUUCAAGAGAUAGUGGACAUUUACCAAACUCGAUUCAAAGUACCCCUUUGCAUCGCUGUAAUUCAUCAUGUCUGAUCAGAAUUACUAUUGGACCGUUUUGCCCAGCUACAAAACAUGUUUUGUGACUGGGGCCAUGAUGAAAAGAUCAAAAAGUUGCCGUAACAACAAGAGAAGGAGUCUGGCAGUCGGGACCCCCUCCCCCACGCUCUCCCGACCACUCUCACCUCUCCCCCUCACCACAGCUGGAAGUAGCCCCCAAGAAAGCCCCCGAAAUGUCUCCGCUAGUGCCUCCGCCAACUUCCAGUUUGCACGCAGCCACCUGGCCCGCACUGAAAGAGCGGAUGGGCGAAGAUGGUCUGUUGCCUCCGUCCCCUCGUCCGGCUAUGGCACCAACCCCCCCAGCUCCUCAGUGUCAUCCUCUUCCUCCUCCCAGGAGCUUUUGCACCAGCUCCCCUUCCAGCCCACGGCAGAUGAGCUUCAUUUCCUGUUUAAACACUUCCGGAGCACAGAGAGUGUAGCGGACGAGGAGGGGCAGCCCUCACCCCCCGUGAGGCUCCGCUCCCGCAGUCUCAGCCCUGGUCGGACAUGUGGCACCUUUGACAAUGAGAUUGUAAUGAUGAAUCACGUUUACAAAGAGCGCUUUCCGAAGGCAACAGCCCAGAUGGAAGGGCGUCUGCUGGACAUCCUUGCCGACUGCUCCCCAAACAGCAACCUGCCCCUGGCCGACGGUGUGCUGGGCUUCAUCCAGCACCAGCUAGUAGAGCUGGCCAGAGACUGCCUAGACAAGUCCCAGAUGGGCCUGGUCACCUCACGCUACUUCAUAGAGCUACAGGAGAACCUGGAGAAGCUACUGCAUGAGGCGUACGAGAGGUCCGAGAGCAAGGAGGUGACCGUCAUCAUUAAGCUGGUGAAGAAGAUCCUCAUCAUCAUCUCCAGGCCAGCCAGGUUACUGGAAUGUCUGGAGUUUGACCCGGAGGAGUUCCUUCAUCGUCUGGAGGCAGCCGAGGGCCACGCCAAGGUGGGCCAGGUCAUCAAGACAGACAUCCCGCGCUACAUCAUCAGCCAGCUGGGCCUCACCAGAGACCCUCUGGAAGACAUGGUCCAUCUGGAGCAGACCAGCCCUGGGCACGGAGCGGCCUGCAGAGACACCGACGACACUGAGAACCGGGCAGCCUGCACUCCUUCUCGCAGGAAACCACUAGAGAGCGACUUUGAGACCAUCAAGCUCAUCAGCAACGGGGCCUAUGGUGCUGUGUUCCUGGUGAGGCACAGGGAGACCCGGCAGCGUUUUGCCAUGAAGAAGAUCAACCGGCAGAAUCUGAUGCUGAGGAACCAGAUCCAGCAGGUGUUUGUGGAGCGGGACAUCCUGACCUUUGCUGAGAACCCCUUUGUGGUCUCCAUGUUCUGCUCCUUCGAAACGAGACGCCACCUCUGCAUGGUCAUGGAGUAUGUAGAAGGUGGGGACUGUGCCAACCUGUUGAAGAACAUUGGCCCGCUGCCAGUGGACAUGACCCGGAUGUACUUUGCGGAGACGGUCUUGGCACUGGAGUACCUCCACAACUACGGCAUCGUACACAGAGACCUCAAACCUGACAAUUUACUGAUCACGUCCAUGGGCCACAUCAAGCUGACUGACUUUGGCCUGUCCAAGAUCGGCCUGAUGAACAUGACCACCAACCUGUAUGAGGGACACAUUGAGAAGGACACAAGGGAGUUUAUAGACAAACAGGUGUGUGGUACUCCAGAGUACAUCGCCCCAGAGGUGAUCCUGAGGCAGGGCUAUGGGAAGCCGGUGGACUGGUGGGCUAUGGGAAUCAUCCUCUAUGAGUUCCUGGUGGGCUGCGUGCCUUUCUUCGGGGACACGCCCGAACAGCUCUUCGGACAAGUGGUCAAUGAUGACAUUAUCUGGCCUGAGGGGGAGGACACCCUGCCUGCUGAUGCCCAGGACCUGAUCACCAGGCUGCUGAGACAAAGCCCCCUAGACCGCCUCGGGACUGGGGGAACACCAGAGGUCAAGAUGCACAUGUUCUUUGUGGGUCUGGACUGGAACGGACUGCUACGACAGAAAGCUGAGUUUAUCCCUCAACUGGAGACUGAGGACGACACCAGUUACUUUGACACCCGGUCUGAGCGGUACAGCCACCUGGAUUCGGAAGAAGAUGAUGAUGAUGAUGAGACCUGUGAUGAAGAUACGUCCCUGGAGCUCAAGCAGUUCUCCUCCGUGGCACAUCGCUUUAGCAAGGUGUACAGCAGCACGGAGCACCUGUCCACGUCAAUGCCAUCCAAUCAGAGCCUGUCGUCGUCAGACCGCAGCCACAGUGAGGAGAAGGAGGAGAGGUGGGAGGGGAAGGGUGUCCUCUCCCCAGGAGAGGGACACAAACAUGUGGCCACUGGGGACCGGAGGACGGAGGGCCACAGAGGAAGCCUGCGUCCCAGGGCCGCCUCCAGUUCGUCCCAGUCAGAGAGGAGUGCCAGUCCGCUGGUGAUGAACAGCACCCAGAGCCUGGACACCAUGCCACGCUUCGCCAUCGCAGCUGAGGAAGAGGACGGGGUAGUGUCCAACUUGCGGCGUAUCCGUCUCCGUAGUAACAGCACAGGCACGCGGCCCUCCUACAGGCGUGGGGCGUCCCGCCGCAUCGGGCACCAGCUGGACACCCCCGAGAAGCCCAAACCCCCAGCGGCCUGCAAGGUCCCCAAGUCAGCUUCCAUCUCAGGCCUGUCCCUCAUCAUUACCCCAGACACCACGGACGGUCUCUCCAGCAGCCCCAAGUCAUCGCUGUCCCUAUCCUCCAACCCCUCGUCCCGGGACUCGUCCCCCAGCCGGGGAGACCUGUCCCUCAGCAUCACCAGCCUGCGCCCCCCCGUGGUCAUCCACAGCUCUGGGAAGAGGUUUGGCUUCGCCCUGCGUGCCAUCCGCGUCUACAUGGGGGACUUGGACGUCUACACCGUGCACCACAUGGUCUGGUGUGUGGAGGAGGGCACUCCGGCCCACGAGGCGGGCCUGAGGGCUGGUGACCUCAUCACCCACGUGAACGGGGAGUCGGUUCAGGGGCUGGUGCACACUGAGGUGGUGGAGCUGCUUCUCAAGAGUGGCAGCAAGGUGACGCUGCAAACCACGGCCCUGGAGAACACCUCCAUCAAGGUGGGCCCAGCCAGGAAGACCAGCUACAAGAGCAAGAUGGCCCGACGCAGCAAGAAGAGCAAGAGGAAAGACGGCCAGGACGGUAGACGACGUAGCAUCUGGAAGAAGCUGUCCAAGCACACUCCUCCUCCCAUGCAGAGCAGUCGCAGUUUCUCCUCCGGCUUCCAACAUUCAGUCUCCUCCAGUGACAGCCUGUCUGGCUCCCCCACCCAGAGCCUCUCGCCUGGACCCUCCACACCCUGCCGCUCCCCCGCCCCCGACCAGUCUGGAGACUCCAACUCCCCCCAGAGCUCCUCUCCCUGCUCCAGCUCUCCCAACUCCCCCGUCCCCCAGGCCCGUCCCAGCUCCCUCCACGUCCUGGGCCGCUACACCAAGGCAGGUCGCUGCAAGUCUACAAGCAGCAUCCCCCUCCCCGCUGGCCUGUAUCCCCCUCCACAGCCCCUCUCCCCCCAGUGCUCUCCGUCCUCCCUCCCCAGCCUUUCAAAGGGCCUCCACGGCUUCCACGGCAAGACCCUGUCCCCUCCCACCAUCGCCCGCCAUUCUGUGCGCCCCCGCAGCGCCGAGCCGCCCCGCUCGCCCCUCCUCAAGAGGGUGCAGUCGGCUGAGAAGCUCUCAGGGGUGUACCACGGCGACAAGAAGGCCUACGCCACCCGCCGACACACCAUGGAGAUGCCCCUGUCGGAGGGGGAGGGGCUAGAGGACCUGGAGGAUACCACCACAGGGUUUGUCUGUGUGGGAGAACAACAUGGCCGCCAGGGACUUUAUCUGGGCGGUCAGAGAAGCCACAGGGAGUCGGCCAGCAGCGACCACCGCUCCAAUGAAGUGGUGGUGAUGAGGAAACUGGCCCUGUCUGAGAGGAGGGACUCCUUUAAGAAGCAGGAGGCGGUGCAGGAGGUGAGCUUUGACGACCCGGAGGAAAAGGAGGCCCAAAGCCCUGCGCUCCCCAUCAGGCAGCCGCGUUUCAAGGCGUCGUGGAUCAACUCGGCUCAGUCCGACUGGAGUCUGGAGGUGGCAGGGCGAGGAGCACAGGGUACAGCAGCGCAGAAAUCCAAGCCAAAGGAGAAGGAGGGGUAUUAGCCUAGCGUUGCUCCAAUAAGGUGAAAGGUCUAGGUAGAGUCACACCCUAGACUAAGGUUACAUACUCUCUGACCGGCUACUGUACCGUAUAUGAAGGGCUUGCAUGUUUAUCCGCGAGAGUAUACUCAAGCCUGAGCCAAUUGAGGCAACUGGAGGGAGAGUACAAAAAAAAGAAGACUUCACAGGGUGGAGUUACAGUAUGCAUCUUACCACACUCGAAACUGUUGAGCCAAAAUUGGUUUAAUCCCUCCCACCUUUGGUUUUAGGUUCACUGUAGCACCUGUAACAUUUUUGUACUUUGUAAAUACAUCAUUUUUUUAUGAAAUAACCUAUUUAUUACUUUUUAUGUUCAUUUUAUUUGUUUCGGGCUAAAUAUAACUUCAUUUAUUGGCCCUUAUUUGUGACAAUGUCACAAAUUUGAUGCGCCCAUUCUGUUAUGUGAAUGGAUAGAGACACGAGGAAUCGCCAAGUUAAUGAACUAAAUUAAGAACAAAGAUUUGGAUGUGGCUUAUAGAUGCAGACAGCUGAUGAAUAAAAUGUUUUCUCCAAAAUCUGUUAAACUGUUUAACAUUCUAUUAGUAUUCCAAAAGUGUUUCAUGACAUGAAAUAUGGCUGCUGAUUUUGUCUGAUCAAAAUAGGCCUUUCAAACAUACGUUGAAUGUUUAUGUACUUAGUGUGUCCAAGCCCUUUAAUUCAGUGCUGUCUUUAACACACUAGAACAAUAAUGUGGUAGUAAUGAUUCAUGGUCACAGGGAUAGUGAAAUUAGUGCCCCAAUGCGCCAAAGCAUGGAUUUCUCAUAAGAGCCCUUCUAAAUAAGAGGUACUGUACAUAGGAAGCUUCAGGAUUGAGCCCUGCUGCCAAGCCCUGUCAAUCAUUCCAGUGAUGUCAUCAAAUGGAUCAACUCCACCGAUUUCUUCCAUUGGUUUAAAUCACAAAAUGAUUGAUGGGACACAAAAUAAAGGACGCUUCGUUCUGUCAUUGCUACCUUUUUGAUACUAGAUUGUUUGUGAUCCUGCAAUACCAUACUGACCUGCUUGUUGAAGCAAGCUACCCUACAAUGUAAUCUAGCGGUUGAGUGUAUUUGCACAGGUUAGGCGUUUUCCCUUAACACUGUUCUCAUCCUUUUUCAGAACUCUUGUUUUCCUUUUGCAUUUUAAGAAUUGUGCAGUGUAUGUAGGAUCUGGCUCCCUGUGCUGUUUGAUGUCAGAUGUGUACUGUAUGUGAACUUUUUUCAUCUUCACUGUUAAAGGGGGCAAUCUGCAGUUGCUCCAUCCAUUUUUGGACUUAAUUAUAUGUACCCAUUGAUUCUUGAUGAUUAUAAUUUAUAAAAGCCUCAUGAGCUUCGUUCAACAGUCGUUCCCCAUCAGAACCCAAAAUAUAAACUUGUUUUUCUCCAGUGGUUGUAAACAAAGUAAAUGUAAACAAACCCUGUAAAGCCUCAAAACAUGGUUAAAACAAUAUAUUUUUUUGAUAUCAUGAUUUUUAGUGGUUGCAUUUCUCCAGCCCAUUCCUCAGCUUUUUACAAAAACAGUGGCGGGGAGAAGAGUAUGCUUUGUUUCAACUGCUGAUUGGCUCUUUAAAUUAUUUUUUAAAAAUGUACCCCUUUUUUCCUCCCCAAUUUCGAUCUUGUCUCACGGCCGGUUCUAACACAGCCUGGGAUCAAACCCGGGUCUGUAGUGACACCUCAAGCACUGUGAUGCAGUGCCUUAGACUGCUGCGUCACUCGGGAGGCCCCCUUUAAAUGAUUCUGAACAACUAAUGACGGGGAUCAGCAGGAUUCCAACUGAAGGACAGAGAAAUUAAACUGUGUUUUGUAUAUUUUGAUAUGGAAGCAGUCUUGUUGCGUUGCUGAUACGCCUAUGCUGUUUACGAACACCAUAACUAACCUAAACGGAAGUUGGCAAUCAAGAACAACAGACUUGAUAGAAUGGUGAGAGAUUGAAGAUGAGAUGUAGGCAAUGGUUUGGCUGACAACAUUGUAUACUGUCAUUGUUUUCUUCUGCAACUAUAGAAUGAACAACCAAAAUUCUUCCACUCGUGGUUAUAUCAGAUAAACUGUUAUAUUAGGAUGAACUGUCUUACUGUAUGUCAGAUGAUGUUAGGAACACGUGUUUCACAGUUGGCCGGGGAUAUGGGAAUAUUGACCAAGUUAAAACACAAAUAAUAAUUUGUUACCAACUAAUACUUGAACAACUGGAACGAGACAGGAUAACAGAAGGUCAGAAAUCUAAAACGUGUCUACUUUUUAAAAUUGAUAUACUUUAUUAGUACUUGAAACAAAUAAGUGUGAUUUUUGUGAGGGUAUAAUAAAAUAGGGCAUUCAAUUCAAAAUGGAUUUCCCAGAUCUUGAUGUUGUCAAAGUGUGGUCCCUUUAUUGGAAAUAAUACUGUGUCCUCAUGCUAGACAUUUUUCACUGAACUGGAUAACUAGUCGUUAUAUUAGUCCGAUGUUGUUUUCAUGGUCUUGCUUGCUAGAGAAUUUAUCUGAUUCUUUGAUUGCAAAUAUAUGACCCAUUCUGCACUUUUACACUGUUUAAUGUAACGCAAGAAAAAAAGACACUGGUUCUGAAUGCACCCAAAUUAGUGUGUAGUUUUACAUAGUUGAAAUGUAUUCAUUUAGUGGUCUUUGAUUCAACUUCAAUAAUACAACGGGGUGAAAGCCUGAGGUGCACGCAGAAUAUAACCAACUGAUUACAACUACCUUCUCAGAUUUGUUCCUGAUGUAUGAUAAAUGGGAUAUCUGUAAUGGUCAAUUGUAAUCCAUAAACAUAAUUAAUGUUUGUUUUGUCUUACCUUGGUGGCCCUCAAACUUCAUUGUAUAUUUCCCAAACUGGUUUCUGGUGAAAGUUGGUGUGAAAUUCAUUUUCUCUCAAUUGUCUAACUGUUUGAAAUAAAUGAAUGGCAGAAGAAUAA